CUCCUACAGCACAUCACACCACAGAGGCAGCAUGGCAGCGGACAGCACGAUGUCUAACGGUCAGGAAACGGCUUGUUUGAAUGGCGAGCCGGCGGUGAAACGGUCCCGGGAGAGCGGAGGGGUCGAGGCGCUCCGGACUCCGCGGGAGCCGCAGAACAGAGUGACCGUGGUGCUGGGAGCUCAGUGGGGAGAUGAAGGCAAGGGGAAGGUGGUGGACUUGUUGGCUAUGGACGCGGAUAUUGUCUGCCGAUGCCAGGGAGGAAACAACGCAGGACACACGGUGGUGGUGGACUCAGUGGAGUACGACUUCCACCUCUUGCCCAGUGGCGUUCUCAAUAAGAAGGCCGUCUCUUUUAUAGGGAAUGGAGUUGUGAUUCAUCUUCCUGGGCUGUUUGAGGAGGCUGAGAAGAAUUUGCAGAAAGGCAAUGGUCUUCAGGGUUGGGAAGAGAGACUGAAGAUUUCUGACCGUGCUCACAUUGUGUUUAACUUUCACCAGGCAGUUGAUGGGAUACAGGAGCAACAAAGACAGCAGCAGGCUGGGAAGAAUUUGGGAACUACUAAAAAGGGAAUUGGCCCAGCAUACUCCUCAAAGGCUGCACGCAAUGGACUUAGAGUGUGUGACUUGGUUUCUGACUUCUCCAUUUUUGAAGAAAAAUUCCGUGUACUCGCUAGUCAUUUUCAGACCAUGUACCCCAACCUGAACAUUGAUGUUGAUGCUGAGCUGGAGCAGCUGAAGGGUUAUGCUGAGAGGUUGCGUCCUCUUGUCACUGAUGGGGUUUAUUUCAUGCACAAAGCCCUAACUGGACCUAGCAAGAAGAUAUUGGUUGAAGGAGCAAAUGCAGCCCUUCUGGAUAUUGACUUUGGGACCUAUCCCUUCGUGACAUCGUCAAACUGCACGGUUGGAGGUGUGUGCACAGGCCUCGGGGUGCCCCCGUCCCAUAUUGGUCGUGUAUAUGGUGUGGUCAAGGCCUACACCACCAGAGUUGGUGUUGGAGCAUUCCCUACAGAGCAGGACAACGACAUUGGUGAUCUGCUGCAGUCUAGAGGAAGAGAGUUUGGAGUGACUACUGGCAGGCGGCGGCGCUGUGGGUGGCUGGACCUGGUUUUGGUUCGUUAUGCUCACAUGGUCAACGGUUUUAGCGCGAUUGCUCUGACCAAGUUGGACAUACUUGAUGCAGUACCUGAAAUAAAAGUGGGUGUUGCCUAUACGGUUGAUGGCAAGCCCUUGCCCAGCUUUCCUGCUAACAUGGAUGUCCUGACGAAGGUAUCUGUGACCUAUGAGACGUUACCUGGGUGGUGCUGCAGCACGGAGGGAGCACGCAAUUUCGAUGAGUUGCCAUCUCAGGCACAGGACUACAUUCACUUCAUUGAGAACUUCCUACAGGUUCCAGUUAAAUGGGUUGGAGUUGGCAAGUCCAGGGAAAGCAUGAUAAAGCUGUUCUAGGCUGCUGCAGGAUGGCACGUGAAAUCCAUCACAUGUGUAGGUCCACAAGAAACGUCAUAUAAUUCGCAGGACCACAAUAUUUUGUAGUGGAUCAACGCUGAGAAUGGGUUUAGAACCUAAAGAAUGUCCCACUUAAAGUGAGCACCAGCAUCAUCAGAGUACAGGACCAUAGUCAGUAGAGAGAAAUUGCACAGUGUUGCAAACACAUAUUCCAUGUAUAGAACGGAUCAUAUGUUGAAAAUGUCUGAGUAGGAGUUCUGAUUUUGGAUCAGAUUUGGCUUCCAUGCCCGAUCCUUGAGCAGCAGUCUUAUUUAGAUGCUUAGUAAGACCCAUCAUACACUCCCAUAUUAGAUCUGUACUCUAAAAGCUCAGCUUUAUGUAAAUAUGUUUGCAACAUAUAACUCUACUGAUUUCCCCUCUCUUUGCCUUCCUCUCAUCUGUUUUGUAAUACGUGAAUUAAUUACUGGAAAGAAGCUCAAACUCUUAUCACUAUCUGGUGAACUGUAAACAGUCUGUCGGUGCUAUCCGCAUUCCACAAUUCUGUAUGAAGCUCAGAUUACCUGUAAAGUCUGGACCUUUAUGAUUUAUUGCAUUUUAGAGGAACUUAGUAUUUUCAUCACUGAUGGAAAAAUAGACUUUUAAGGUUUCCUGUCAUUUAUAGCUGAAAUUUUUUGUAUGUAAUCAAAUGUAUGGGGUCAGUAUAAGAUCUCUGGUUUGAAGGUUUUUUUUUUUGUUUGUUUUUUUAAUUUGAGGUUUGUACAUGAAAAUAUUUUCUGUGGUCUGUUUUGGCAAGUGUAUCGAAAAACCAAAAGGGAUGCUCACGUCAAGGCUUUGUGAAAAAAGAAGAAUGAAUGCAUAUAUAAACAUGCUUUUGUAGGCAAGUACAUAAAAAAUACAUUCGGCCACUUUGUCCUUUAAGAGUUAUACAGAAGACCAUAUUAGAAAUGCACGAGAGAGAGAAAUGUACAAAUGCAUACAUUUGCAUUCCACUGGAGUGUAUGAUCAAUUGAUUGGCUGCUGCUUUGGAACAAUAAAAUGUUCUAAUCAAUAUG